AUGCCGGGCGGCGUCUGCGCGGUUCUCGAUUACGAGACCGAAAUGAUGGCUGAGUAUGUAGCUGAAAUGGCCGUACGAGUCGUCCUCCCCAAGUCUUCGGUUUCUGGUGCAUUCCGCAAGUUCGUGAACCAGAUUCUUACCUCCACUCGACUUCCCAGUACUACCAUCCUCCUCGGAAUGAACUAUUUGGCCAAGCGGGUCAAUAUGUUAAACCAGACUGGCCAGUUCACCCCGAAUGAUGGUCAGAUGUGGAAGAUGCUUACCGUUGCCCUGCUCCUCGGUAGCAAGUUCUUGGAUGAUAACACGUUCCAGAACCGCUCGUGGUCCGAUGUUAGCGGCAUUGCCGUGUCGGAACUCAACACUAUGGAAAAUGAGUGGUUGAAGCACAUCGUCUGGUCCCUAUAUGUCAACCUUGACAAGAGCCACGACUACAAUGCCUGGCUCAAGAACUGGAAGGAGUGGGAAGAGAACAAGAAGUUCCACCAGUUACAGGAGCAGCAACGACAGCAACAGCAGACACAGUUGGCCUUGCGCGAAAGGUUGGCACCCAUUGUCACAGCUAUCCAUUCAGAGCCCGCACGACAACACCAUCCUCUCGCCUUCCAAGGUUGGACUCACGAGGAGAUUGUCGAACAUGAGCGGCUCAGUAUGCAAGCUCGAUUGUCUCAGGCUAACCCAGGUGCUUACCGUGGUCGGGAAGGUUCGUGGACUGGUCAGUACUCGAACCCUUGGUCGCAGCCUCAGGCUCCCUUGACACCUCCCGAUUCCGGUUAUGGUACCCCCGAGUACCUGAACUCGGCUGCCUCGGUCAACGCCUCCUACGAAGAGUGGUUUGCCCAGGCAAUCAACAACGGUUGCUAUAACCGACAAUACAAACCUAGCCAUGGUUAUGGGUCUAGAAAUGGUUCUCACUUUCCGCAGCCCUACUCUGGCCAUUUUGGUCAUAAUGCGUGGGAGUCCGGUGUCGCUGAUUGCAGCUGCAAUCAGUGCAAGUCUCAACUUCACAACAAAGCACCUCCCUAUUUCCAGCACCACAGCUACACACAGCCUGUGAUGGGUUAA